CGGGUGUGAGGAAACCUCUGGGAAAGAGGGAACGUCUUGCUUUAUUUUGUUUUGGAGCGACAAUAAACAGGCGUACAUUUUUAAUCUACUACAAGCAUUAAAUUAUUCAGUCUUGUGUCUCUCUCGACGUGCGGUGAGGAAUCGUGAGCGGCAGCAUCUUUUCAGGACCUUGGACAGAGCGCGCGUACACAAUGGCACCAGUGACGACAGAAGAAGCACAUUUUGCGGAGGUUCCUGUGAGCGUGGCAGUGGUCAGUGUGUUUGGUCUGGUCUUCAGUGUUUCCAUCUUUGCAUGGAUUUGCUGUCAACGCAAAGCCAACAAGAGCAGCAACAAGACCCCACCCUACAAGUUCGUCCACAUGCUGAAGGGGGUUGACAUAUACCCUGAAAGCCUGAGUGGAAAGAAGAAGUUUGGAGGAGAAAAGACACCAGAAGCCCAUGGAAAACAAACCCUCAGUCCUACUGGUGGACGGCCAGACCUCCAUCUAGACCUGGAGAAACGAGACCUAAAUGGAAACUUCACCACAAAGCCACCGACACUCCAACUGAAGGUGCGUAGUUCUCCAGAUAUUGACAUCCCAGCUCUUCAGGGAGGAUUUGCGAACCAGGAGGCUGGUACUCCAGAAAGCGUGGUAUCCAGUCAUACACCAACACCAGCCGUGGAGAAAUCCCAGGACAAGGAAGGUGGUCUGGGAACGCUCUUCUUUUCCGUUGAGUACAACUUUGAGAAGAAGGCUUUCAUGGUUCACAUCAAGGAGGCACAUGGUCUGUCGCCCACAGAUGAACAGUCGCUGACCUCUGACCCCUAUAUUAAGCUGACCCUGCUGCCUGAGAAGAAGCACAAGGUGAAGACACGUGUUUUGAGGAAGACUCUGGACCCGGCCUUUGACGAGACCUUCAGCUUCUAUGGAAUCCCAUUUGCACGAGUUUCCCAGCUGGCUCUGCACUUCAUGGUGCUGAGUUUCGACCGAUUUUCACGAGAUGAAGUCAUUGGAGAAACCCUUGUUCCCCUGGCUGAUAUUGACCUGUCUGAGGGGCGCGUCCUCAUGAGCCGAGACAUUAUUAAGAAAAAUAUCAGGAGGAGUGCUGGACGAGGAGAGCUGCUUCUGUCCCUGUGUUAUCAGUCGACAACCAGCACUCUGACUGUAGUGGUGCUGAAAGCCCGUCAUUUGCCCAAAGCUGACUCCAGCGGACCCUCAGACCCUUACGUGAAGGUGAACCUGUUCCAGGGGAAGAAGCGUGUAUGCAAGAAGAAGACGCAUGUGAAAAAGUGUGCCCCCAACCCAGUCUUCAACGAGCUCUUCGUCUUCGACCUGCCCUCAGAAGACGGCCUGCGAGACACCAGCGUGGAGCUUCUCCUGCUGGACUCCGACAGGACGUCUCGUACGCCUGUCAUUGGCCGGCUUGUUCUGGGAACCUCCUCUCCUGGCACCGCAGGCGAGCACUGGCGCGAGAUCUGUGACCACCCGCGGCGACAGAUCGCCAAGUGGCAUGCGCUUUCCGAAGACUAGCCGACCAAGAACUGUCGUUGGAUAUCAUGGUUGAGUGGGCAGGAUUUGAACUGUGGACUUAUGUCGCGAGUAAUGUCCUCUUGUCAAUCAACUGAUCUCAGUCAUAUCAUUGGGGCGGGGCUUCUUCUAAAGGGGGAGGCGCCAGCCAAACCCGACCAAUUAAUGAUUCCAAAGACGCUCUCAGAUGCCCGAUGCCGCUUUUUUCUUCAUGCUUCAUUCAAAAUCCCGAUCGAUCACCACCUUGUGCAGUACCGAAUGUCAUGUUGCUAUUGCUGUUCUUCUCUACUCACUGUUAGUAUACAGUUCAAUACUCCAUCAUGCGAUACAAUUAAAGAAAAUCCUGGUAAUGUGAUUAUGAUGAUGAUGAUGUAAAUGAACUCAAUGAUCUGUUUAUUUUUUAAGAGAUGCUUUUAUCUUUGUUUAUUCAGAUGUCGAAAUUCAUUCGCUCUCUUCUUUUUAUACUUGAUUUCUCGGUUUGGUUUGUGUUUCUGCCUGACGUCUUUUGUAAGUGAACACGGUGUGGAAGCAGCCUAAAUUAGGCACAACAAGCAGAGACUGAUGGAGCAGGACGACUGCACAAACUGAACAGGACUGCAUGCGGCGAGCAAGUACUUGUGUGAAUGCGAGUGUGUGUGUGUGUGUGUGUAAAUGUGUGUGUUAGUUCGGUUCCAGUGAGACAGAGUGUCGUUCUCUUCACUGUGAGCACAACGGUGGAAGUGAUGUAUAUUUGUGUAUUACUAUAAAACAUCCAGUUCUGAGAAA